CGCAAGGAUGACGUCACUAGGCGCGUGCCGGGUAGCCCGUGGGAACACCUAUUCUGAGGAAGUGGAGACCUGUGGGCAGGCGGCUGAGACAGGGCACUGAAAGUUGUGGAACCAUAAUUUGUGACAUGACUUGUUUUUUGGUAAGCAGACACUUAUGAUUCCAGAAGAUUGGGACUAACAGGAGGAAGCCCCUUCUGAGAUUUUUAACAAAGUUCUCAAACAGCAACCUACACCAUGGACAUGAAGCUGGACCCUUCCCGAGAUGACCUGCCUCUCCUGGCCAACACCAGCCACAUACUUGUGAAGCACUAUGUACUGGAUUUGGAUGUGGAUUUUGAAAGUCAGGUCAUUGAGGGCACCAUUGUGCUUUUCUUUGAGCCUGGAAACAGAUUCGAGAAAGAAGGUAGUCCCACCGAGGAAACGUGCCCAUCAGAGGCUAACGAAGCCUGCAAAUUUAGGACGCCUGAACCCUGCCAUAUUCCUGUGACAGAUACAAGGACCUUCUCAUCUAAAGUGGGAUGUCAUGAUUUUGUAAUCUGUGGUAAAGGUGAAAAAGAUACUUCUGGUAAAGAUGGUAACCAUGACAACCGGGAACAGGCUUCUGGGAUUUCUAGCUCAAAGUACUGCUGUGACACGGGGAAUCCUGGGAGUGAGGAUUUUUUGCUAGUGUUGGACUGCUGUGAUUUAUCUGUGGUAAAGGUUGAGGAGGUGGAUGUUGCUGCUGUGCCAGGUAUUGAAAAAUUUACAAGGUCUCCCAAGCUCAGGAAUCAGAUUGUACGUGAACUUGUGGCUCUGCCUGCAGAUCGUUGGAGGGAGCAGUUAGACUGCUACGCUCGCUGCAGCCAGGCUCCUGGCUGUGGGGAGCUCCUAUUUGACACUGACACUUGGAGCUUACAGAUCAGGAAGACAGGGGCUCAGACAGCUACUGACUUUCCUCACGCCAUAAGGAUACGGUACAGGACCAAACCCCAGGGGCGAUCAGUUACGUGGACCUCAGACCAGAGUGGCAGGCCAUGUGUUUAUACUAUGGGAUCUCCCAUAAACAACAGGGCCCUUUUUCCAUGCCAGGAGCCACCCGUUGCCAUGUCAACAUGGCAGGCUACAGUUCGAGCAGCUGCAUCUUUUGUUGUUUUAAUGAGUGGAGAAAAUUCUGCCAAGCCGACACAGCUUCGGGAAGGGUGCUCAAGCUGGCAUUACUAUGUAACCAUGCCGAUGCCAGCCUCCACCUUCACAAUUGCAGUGGGGUCCUGGACAGAAAUGAAGCCAGAGACCUCCUCAUCAAAUGAUCUGGCAACAGAGAGAUCCUUCUCACCUUCCGAGGCUGAUUUCAGGUACGCUGGCAUUUGUGGUCACAUGGAAUACCCGUGCCGCUUCCAGAAUGCUUCUGCCACCACCCAGGAGAUCAUCCCUCAUCGGGUCUUUGCCCCGCUGUGCCUCCAGGGUGCCUGCCAGGAGACCCUCCUGCCGCUGGUCCCUGCUUGCCUCACGGCGGCACACUCCGUCCUGGGAACACACCCAUUCUCCAGGCUGGAUGUACUCAUCGUCCCUGCCAACUUUCCAAGCCUGGGGAUGGCCAGCCCACACAUCAUCUUCCUCUCUCAGAGCACCUUGCCUGGAAGGAGCCAUCUCUGUGGGACGCGUCUCUGCCAUGAGAUUGCUCACGCCUGGUUUGGCCUGGCUCUCGGGGCCCGUGACUGGACGGAGGAGUGGCUGAGUGAAGGGUUCGCCACUCACUUGGAAGAUGUGUUCUGGGCCAGAGCACAGCAGCUGGCCCCCCACGAGGCCCAGGAGCAGCAGGAGCUGAGGGCCGGCCUGCGCUGGCGUCGCCUGCAGGACGAGGUGCAGAACUCCCCGCAGGAGAUGCAGGUGUUGAGACCUAAUAAAGAGAAAACGGGCCACGUGAGUGACUCAGGAUCAUCUGUCAUCAAACAUGGGCUCAAUCCGGAGAAGGUCUUCAUGCAGGUUCAUUACCUGAAGGGCUACUUCCUUCUCCGGUUCCUCGCCCAGAGACUUGGAGAUGACACCUAUUUUUCAUUUUUAAGAAAGUUUGUGCACACAUAUCACGGGCAGCUGAUUCUUUCCCAGGAUUUCCUUCAAAUGCUGUUGGAGAACAUCCCAGAAGAAAAAAGGCUUGAGUUGUCUGUUGAAAACAUCUUCCGAGACUGGCUUGAGAGUUCCGGAAUACCACAGCCUCUGCACAGGGAGCCCCUGAAGGCUGUUGAAAGAGUGCUGGUGCGGCCCCCGCGCCGCGAAAGGGGCCCGAGGCUUCCCCAGGUGAAGCCGAGGAGGGCUGCGUCGCGAGGCCGUCCGUCGUGUCUUUCUCACGCGGGGGGCGGCCCUCAGGACCCGUCGUCCUGUUUGAAAUGCCCUGUGGUUUUUGAACUUCAGGUCGCGAAAUGGGUUCGAGUGAACCGGAGACCCCGAAAGCGGAAACGAAGGGAGACCGAAGAAGUGUUUGAAGAGCUUCUUCCAGACCAGCUGGUCUUGCUUCUGGAGCAUCUCUUAGAGCAGAAGACCCUGAGCCCCCGAACCCUGCAAAGCCUGGAGAGAACGUACCGCCUCCCGGAGCAGGAUGCGGAGGUUCGCCAUCGAUGGUGUGAACUGGUUGUGAAGCACAGACACACAGGAGCGUACAGAGACGUGGAGCGAUUCCUCCAGGAGGACCAGGCCAUGGGCAUCUACCUCUACGGGGAGCUGAUGGUGAGUGAGGACGCCCGGCAGCAGUGCCUCGCCCGCAGGUGCUUCGAGCUGAGCAGGGAGCACAUGGACAGGUCCUCCGCGCAGGUGGUGGCCGAGAUGUUAUUUUAAAGAGGAAAGAUCACAGAGAGAUUCUUUUUCAUACAUCUCCUCCUCGCCCUAGUGGGACCAGGAUCGCAUUGACCCUGGACAUCAAAGGAAGGAUUAUGGGGCUGCUAAAGCCAUCAGCCGACAGCCAUGUGCAUGCCUGGAGUGACUUCC